AUGAUCAUUAUCGACGAAGCGCAAAACCUUAAUAAAGCUGCCACGUUCAUCGCCAUGGCAAAUUAUCCUCGGGCCUCCUUUGUCUUGAUUAUCGGAGAUAUCAAUCAGUCGACGCUCGUAUCAGCCGCCGCCGAAGAUAAUGAAUACAACGACUUUUUCGAUCGUCAGCACGCAACCUCCCUGCUUGAUCGUCUGGCCAAGUGCAACAAGAUCGACUUCACUCUGAUGAACACCCACCGUCCUUUCGGCAACGCGUUCGAGAUUCCUCGUCAGAUGUUCUAUCGCGAGACCAUGAGUGUCGUCCAUGGGAGUCAUCUAGUCCAACAGAACAAGAGCUGGCUUUCGCGACUUAUCUUCCCUACGUCGAACACCCAGCCCCCGAUCGAGACCAGCUUUUCCCGUGACGACUACGUUCUCUCUGCUCGACGGUCUGUCCAGGGAUCAUUCCUUGGGCGCAAGCUGGGGCACGUCACAGUCACAACACGAGAGCCUCAGGCUCUUGUCUAUGACACCAAAAGACUCACCGCGACCCAAUGUACCUUCGGCAUGACCGUCGAGCGUAACCAGAUCGAUCUUUAUUGGGAAUCGAUCAGGACGCAGCACGAAAUUGGCACAGACCUCGCACUUGGAGUUUUGCUCUGA